CAUUUCUCGUACCUUCUGCAUACAUGGGCAGUGCGUUUUGUUUUGGACAGUUUUGGACUAAUGUUAACAGAAGAUACGUAAAGUUCAGUUAAGUGCUUGGACCAAUUAUUUUCGUAAUUAACAAAUCCUCGCAUCGCCAAUCCUGCCAAUGACUGACAAAGUUGUCCCUUAGAAACAACCGCUUGUGAUAAUGACUGCCAUCUUGGGUGCCGGAAUCAGUGGCCUAUCGGCUGGGUACUACCUCCUGAAAAAGGGCCUCCCGAAUCCGGCUGUGAUCUACGAAGCCAGCAACCGCAUCGGCGGAUGGAUCCGUACCGAUCGUUUCAACGAAGAUGGAUUCGUAUUCGAAGCUGGUCCGCGCACCAUUCGUCCGAAGGGUCCCGCGGCCAGCAACACGCUGGACUUGAUUGAGGAAGUGGGACUCGCCGAGGAAGUGUAUCCGAUUUAUUCGAAUCACGUUGCUGCCAGGAAUAGGAUGAUCUAUGCCAAGGGAAAACUCAACAUGCUACCCUCGAGCUUGUCGGGGGUGCUGAAAAUAGUUCCACCAUUUACCAAACCGUUGUUCUUCGCUGGGUUUAAAGAUUUGUUUGCGGGACGGUCGAAGAUACCCCUUGAGGACGAGACAAUGUAUAGCUUCGUUGAUCGAAGAUUUGGCAAAGAGAUUGCCGAUUAUGCUGUGAGUUCGAUGCUGUGUGGAAUCUGUGCCGGAGAUGCAAAGCAGAUUAGUGUAAAAUUUUUGAUGAAGAGUUUGUUCGACGUGGAGCAAAAACAUGGAGGGGUGGUAAAAGGGAUGCUCAAGGAAGCGUUGAAUAAGAAGGAUAAGAAAGAAUCAAAGCAAGAGUUGCUUUCGGCGUUGGCGAGGAGAGCAAAGUCGGAGAACUGGAGCAUUUACUCGAUUCAUGGUGGACUGCAGACACUGCCCGAUAGAAUAGGAACGAUUUUGCAGAAGAGUGGCGUUGGGAUUGAGACUGGCGUGAAGUUCGAAGAGAUUCGGUUUCAUGGGAGUAAGGUUGAGCUGAAGGUCGAUGGGAGGGAACAAGUCGUUGAUCACCUGAUAAGCAGUAUCCCAAGCUACAAACUUGCCAAACGGGUAGCAGGACAGCAUCCGGAAUUAUCGAAGGAAUUAGCUGCAAUUCCAUUCGUAGAUGUUGCCGUGAUCAAUCUACGCUACAAAAGUCCAGAUCUACAGAAGCAUAAAGGAUUUGGAUUUCUAGUUCCACCGAUUGAGAACUUACCCAUUCUGGGAGUGAUCUUCGACAGCUGUUGCUUCGAAAUGGACGAUAAUACGGUUCUAACGGUGAUGAUGGGGGGUGCCUGGUUCAAGAAGUGGUUCGGAACCGAUCCUAGUGAGGAACAGCUACUGGACGUGGCAUUGAAGAAUGUGAAUAAGAUUUUGGAUAUUCAGGUGUCACCGGAUGCGUACAAAGUGAACAUUUUAAGAAACUGUAUUCCGCAGUACGUGGUUGGACACCAGAAGCGUGUGGAAGGCAUUCGAAGGUAUAUUCGGGAACACAAACUACCUCUGGGAUUAUGCGGUGCAUCAUACGAUGGUGUUGGGGUUAAUGACGUUAUUCUGUCUGCCAAGAAAUGCGUUGAUGAGCAGAUGCAUAGCAAAUAAAACUGUUGUUUUUGUUAUCUUCA